GUGUCCAGUGGCACUAACGAGAAGUAUUCGGAUGUCGCUGCACGCACGUAUCUCGAAGUCGUCGCACAGCAAGUUUUAGUCUUAUAAGUUUGAGAUACGUCGUGCCAUUAGUGAAAUUUUCUAAAAUCGUUGAAAUUUCUACACAGCCCGACUAAAGUGCAACUUAGAUUAAUUGUGUAUUAACCAUAGUAUAUCUAGUGCAAUCUUUGAAAUUACCGUGCGAGUGCCAACAAACAAAAUAUAAAUAUAUCAAAAAGAAAGAAAGAGAGGAAAUAAGUCAGUGCAAAUGGUUUUGUGGCUAUGCUGGGCAAGCUAAACUAAAUAAUGCUUAAAAUACAAUUUAUAUAAAUUGCCAACUAAAAAAAAAAAAAACCACAUCAAAUACAACAAUAAAUAAAACGGAAAAUAGCAACUGUAGCGAUUAAACAGUGGAAAGUGCAUGCAGCAGGAUCAUUGAGGGAAAGAGAUAGGCAGCUUCCAAUGGGUCUUCAAUCGAGCAGGCCAACUCACGUCGUUGCCAGCAGAAAAAGUAAAGUUCUUAGCAAUCGCAAAAGCAAAUCCAAGUCAAGCCAAGCAACGGAGUUGGAAGUGGAGCAGGAGUUGGAACUGGACCUGGAACAGGAGCGGGCGCAAUUGAGAGCCAGUUAUAGCUUGCAAAUUGCUGAAGCUGAGGAGGCGUUAUCAACGGAUUUGCGACAAAUUAUAAUUAAAAUACAAUUGGCCAAAAUGGAAAAUGGUAAUAACGAGAGUGUGGAGCAGGAACAGCAACAACAACAACAUCAACUGCCAAUUGCCGAAGGCGUCGUUACGUCUGCGACGGACACGCUCAAUGCAAAUGAGCAAGUUUUGAAUGUGACACUAGGUGCGGCAGGGGCGUCGGCGGUGUCAGGUGCGAUUGGAACUGCGGGCAGUUCAACGGAAGCGCCAAAAACAAACGAAAGACAACUCGUGAAUAACAACAUUUUAGCGGGAAGCGUUGCGUCGGCGUCGGCUGCGGUCAAAACGCUGCAAUUGCACGACGACGCUAAAGUUGACGUCGACGUCGACAAUGAUGAGUCGGAAAUAGCAACAGCUUCGUUGCUGCGUCGGCGUCGCAGCAGCAGCGCCGAAGGCGUCGAGUACUGCGAAGUGCUCGAGUCGCCGCCAGUCGACGAAAUGUUGUCGAACGGAGCACAACGUACACAAGGCAACAGCUGUUGUCGCAGCCGCAGCAGCAAGACAAUGUCGUUGGGUGCAGCAGCAGCAGCAGCUGUCACGACAGGAGCAGCAGGAACAGGAGGAGGCAGCAGUAGCAGCAGCGGCAGCAGCACAUCGAAGCGACGUUGCUGCAAGUGCAAGUGCCGGGAUGCAAUUAGCGGACUGCGCGGCAUGCUACAGUCCAGCACGAGCAACAGCAACAGCACCAAGGACAAAAAGGAAACAACAGCUGCUACAUCUCGAAGCAAGACGCGCAACGUUGCCGACAGACGAUCCACGCCACCCACAACAACGACAGCAACAACAGCAACAGGAAUGGGAGUGGGAGUGGCGACACGGCGGCAACGUAACUCGGUGGCGGUGGCAGAACCCAGUCAGUUGGCCAUUUGGGCAGCGCCCGCCAAUGAACAUGGCGAUGUCAUCAUACGCAUCAGCUCGCAGCCACAGCCAAAGUUUCUCAUGGAGCAGGCGUCGUCGAGGGGCGUGGCAAGCACAGCAGCUUGUGCUGUCUGCACCAGCAACAACAACAAUAACAGCAGCACAACAACGCCUGUGGUUACAAUGGGACCCAACAUACGCCUUGUGGCAACCACAGAGCCACCAACAACAACAACAACAACAGCAAAUGUCCUGCCCCUGGCCAUUGAACAGCCACGCCCCCAAUAUGGGGCGGGAGUUACGGUUCACUCGCAGAUCGAUUUUAUGCAUUGCCUGGUGCCGGAUCUGGAGAGGAUCAUCAAUAGCAACUUCUACUUUGGCAAAAUGGAUCGCUAUGAGGCGGAGCGUCUGCUCGAGGGCAAACCGGAGGGCACAUUCCUGCUACGCGAUUCCGCCCAGGAGGAGUUCCUCUUCUCCGUCACAUUCCGCAAAUACGGACGAUCGCUGCACGCACGCAUCGAGCAGAGCGGCCACAAGUUUAGCUUUGAUUGUCACGAUCCGUGUGUGUUUUCGGCCCUAACGGUUACCGGAUUGCUGGAACAUUAUAAGGACCCGUCGUGCGUGAUGUUCUUUGAGCCCUGCCUGACUAUGCCACUGCAUCGCCGACAGACGUUCUCGCUGCAGCAGCUGGCACGUGCCACCAUUGUGUCCAAUACCACAUACGAUGGCAUCAAUCAGCUGGAGUUGCCGGGACGAUUAAAGAGCUACCUGAAGGAAUAUCAUUAUAAGCAAAAGCUGCGCGUCAAGCCCUGCGAUGCACACACCCCAGCACCGUAUUACACCAAUAUAUAGUCCACGGAAACUACGGCGGCAGCUGCGGAGGUACUGCCGCCACCACUACUCGUACCACCGCCCCCAGCGGGGUUCUCCUACUACGAGGAUGUGGACAGUGCUGGCGAUCGUGAUGCGGAUGAUGAUGAUGAUGAUGCGGUCAAUAUACGUGUUUCGUAUGUGCAACAUUCAGAGGUUGUGGCACAGCUGCGCGAUUGCACGGAUCGACAACAACAACGUCAUCAGCUACAGGAGCAACUGCUCCGUCUGCCCAAUCGAAUGGCUGCCGCACUCGGUCGAAUGUCCGCCAAUCUCAAUUGUUAUCAGCCGGCGGCAGCAACGUCACAGCAAUCGCGCAACAGUCGUGGCACACAGACGAACCCUAGCAAACGUGCCGCCUGAUGGAGCAACCAAUCCAGAACAAUUACAGCCAAUAGACAAUCCCAGUGCGUCUCGUGCCGAAAGCGCCGCCAGCUCCAAAAGCCACUUCUAAAAAACCAACUAAAAUCAAAAGAUACAAAAGCAAAUAGUUUAACCAAGUAGCCUGUAAACAUAAGUAUUAAAUAAUUCAACUUGAGGAUCCUCAACUCUAUAUUAAAAACAACAACAAUUACCAACUCGUUCCGCAUUUCCGUUUUCACAAACAACAACAGUUUUGAACAAGUAUUUUAGUAAUGCAAUUUUAAAUUGAAUUGAAUUUGUUAAAGUAUUUUUUAAUCUGUACAUUAAUUGCUAUAUUUAUUUAAACAAUUUAUUAUUAUUAUAUGGAAUUUAUACUGUAAAUAUUGAAAACGCGCAUACUAUAGGAAUAGAAUUACAUUUAUAUAUGUGUAUAAACAAAUUAAUAGCAUACAACUCUCAUUAGCCAAAUUGCAAAAUUGUAAUCAUUUAUAUUUAUAAAUCAAUUAGUAUUUUUAUUUAUUUAUUCUAUUUGUAAUUAAUGGCUGCGCUUCAAAUAAUUUGUAUAAUUUUUCGCAUUGUGUGCUUUCAAUGAAAGAUGCACGUAAAAAUUCUAAAUAAACAAACAAAUGGAAUUAGUUUAUAUUCAAAUACUCCUAUUAGGUGGUUGCUGUUAAUCUUAAACAUUAAUAAUUAUUACUAUAUGUAUUUGUAAAUUAUGCAGUUGUUUCAACACAUAUCGAAAUGUUGUACGAAAUGAGUAUGAGAAACCAAUAAACAAAAAACAAAAAAGUUCAAAGAAACUCGCC